AAAAAUCUUAUUUUUCGAUGGUUAAGAUCAUGAUCGCAUACCGUUGUAUACGAGGGAUGUAAGGAUCUCAAGGUCGUCCACUUUGCUGAAGAGUUAUCUGUUUAUGGUUCAAAGUUUGUAUUUAUAAUACUCAAAAAGGUCUAUUUAAAACAAACGUAUUAUUUUUACCUUGGUAUCAUGACUAAUAAGCUAUUACCAUUCGAUUCUCGUCAAAUAAUAUGUGAGUUAAAAGAAUAUAAUAUUCAAUUGAAAUUAUUAAUAUUACAAUUAAAUGAUUGUCUGUUCGUUUGGUUAGGUAAUGAAGAGAGCAAAUUGUCCGGUUUAUCUGUAUGUUUGCCUUCACAAAUAUCAACAUUUGAUCAACAUAGUGCUACAAUCUAUUCAGUAACUGGUACAUCACGAAAUCCAUUUAGUGAAUAUGAAGAAAAUUUAUCAUGUAAAAUAUCUAAACGUUUUCAUUGUCCUGUAUUUGUUAGUAUUAGUUUACCGUAUGAAUUUGCUUCUUUAUGGAAUCAUGUCAAUGUAAUCACACAAAGUACACUUGGUCAAAAAGUAGAAUAUUGUAUAUUUGAAAAUCUUUCCACUAUUGUACUUUCAUGAUCACUUAUGUUCUUUGGUCAUGUAUAUCUAUGACAAGUUAUGUAUGUAUUCAUUUGUAUUUACUGUUCAUAUGUUGCAUUUUGAAUUUUAUACUCUGUGUUAUACGAUAAUAAGAUUAGAAUGGCACUGUUUAGUUGCUUAGUUCGGCUUUCAAUCAGUUGAUCAAAGGUUCGAGACUCACUGUGCUAUGAUUUAAGCAUCGAUCAGAUGUAGAAACUGGAACGUAGCUACAUUGGUCCAUACUUUUACAUCAUAUCGCUUCACAGUGGGAUGUAAUUGUUACGUUGAAUACCGAAGUGGUAGUAAAAAGUGACUACGCAUUAAAAAAUAUGAUUUUCAAGUAAAGAGUUAAUUUGUGGAGUGAAAGGCAUGAAGUAACUUUCAAACUGUAGACCUACGGUUACAUAGAGAAUAAAUUGAUGUAUGACAUUCCGACUGGUUUUGAACUAUGUCACUUAAUAUCUCCAACCAUUCGUCAUGUUAAUCUCGUAAACGUUAAUCUCCAUCUACCAAGUUGCCUCAUACCAACAGUUGAUGGCUCCAUAGACUGAUUAUACGUUUUGGCAUGACCACUCCUAGCUUUCUUCCAAUCUAUACUACCUCAGAUAAAAUUGUACGUCAAGGUAGCUGGUGAAAAAGCAUGCUUGAGACGUCGGAACCGUCUCAGUCAAUAAAGACUCACAUUUUCAUCAACCAGUUUUCUAUUUGUGUCUGACACGCUGGAUAUAACCUGAACACCAUUCACUCAGGUGUCCUAAAAUAUGCGAGUAAUGCUCCGGCGACAUGUACAGUCAAAUACUUGUAGCUUACGAAUGUCUACUACUUUUAAAGGGUAGUUUUUAUAGCAAUAGACUAAAAUAGUUAACUUCUGCACAAUAUACUUACCUCUUCAUUGAAAAAUGUACAUCUUGGCUACUCCUCAGGUGACACAAGUCGUCAAAAGCUAACAUAAUUUUUUCUAGCCUAUUCCGGGAUGUUGUCGGGACUCAGUUCGCUACAGCUGAUCAGACUCUGGAGAUAAGUGAGGUGAUUGAUUCACUCAAUUGCUCCGACCUGGGCAUCAAAUUACUAUCUCUGCCCCUCAGACACAUGCAAUAAAUAUGAUUGAAAGCCAUAUAUGCGAAAUCGAUACACAGUAACUGGUUAACAUUAGUUUAUUUAUUAAGUAUUUACAGAUCUACAAAAUAUGGGGCUCGGUUAAAUGCAUGUUGAAGCAGAAAUUCAGCCUUCAAUAUAAAAAACAUCUAUAAUUGUUUUUAUUACAUUUAAUUUUGGCUAUCCUACGUUCAUUUUGAUUUUUGUAGAGUUUUAGGGUUUGUUUAAUUAGGUUGAGCAGAAUUUUCGGGUUUGAGUAAGGUUAUGAAUAGUUACAUGGAGUUCUGACACAUG